AUGUCGUCCGCACCUGGCCCUCCGAGCCCGUUCAGGACGUCAAACCUGUUUGCCAAUUCCAACCGCGCCUCUCCGUUCCGUCGCCCAGGCUCGAAACUCGAAACCAACUCUCCUUCCGCACUUCUAAGCUCGCCGAACGCUUCGCCGCCAAAGCCGUCUGAUGUUCGCCCAACCACACCAUCGCGGCUGUCACCUGCAAAAGAACGCGAGAGUCCUUUCCGCCGCUCAGCAUCGACCGCCCGCAGUAAUAACGGCGAUGGUGCGGGCGCUAAUGCCGACGAGUCAGGCCAUGGAUCCGCAGCGGAGACUUCUGACAGGCCUAGUCUAAGUAGCCCGUUCCUGACAACUCGCAAGACAACCGUGAGCCCAGGCCUGCCAGCCUCACCAACACGCCCUGCGGCCCAACGCAACAUCACGAUGACCACCGAUACGAGUACCGUCAAACCUCCUCCCUCCCCGCCUGUCGAGCGUCGACCUCAGCGGCCCAUACCUGGGUCCAGGGCUGCGUCGUACCUCGGUGGUAGUGACCCGCUCGCCCAUAUUCCUCCGGCCUUACUACACAGCAUGCGCGAAUCGUUCAGUGUGCUGGACCGCGACAACAAAGGCAGCAUCAAUGCUCCAGACGUCCAGGAUGCCCUCUCCCAGGUUGGCCUCGAUAACGGACCCGCCUCCAUUGCUCCAUACUUCGACGGGCAACCGCAGUCGCUGAACCUCGCCGCUUACCUCAACAUGAUGGCGUCCUUACUAGCACCUAUGAGCAGGGAGCAGGAGCUUCUUUCAGCUUUCGAAGCGUUCGACGACCAGGACGAUGGCCAAAUUGACGUUGCCGAGUUGACGGAGGCGUUGAUGGACACAGCUCCAGAGCCAGGCCGAGACAGACUCACAGAGAGGGAGAUUGAGAGGGUCGUUGAAGGCUUCAGAGGCCGGAGGGCUCUGGGAAAGAAGGGCAAAGGCGGCUUGGGCCGUGGGGAUGUGUUCCGUUACAAGGAGUUCGUUGGGAGCGUCUGUGGCGGUGGAUCGGCCAAGGAUGCCAACGGAGAAGCGGCUGCGGCUUGA